AUGAUGCACUACACACUCCUUUCUUUCGUCGCGCUCGCGAUCCUCAUCACCAAGGAAAACACCUUUGCUGCGCCUCUGUCCGCUGAGCUUGAUAUCAACCGUGGAGCGCCGGCCUCUCCUACCGCCUCUUCGACGCCCUCGUCUCCCGCCAUCCCGGCCUCCUCGGGUGUCCCCGCUCCUCCCAGCUCGACUUCCUCCAUGACCUCCGAGGUGAUGCAGGAUGCCAAGACCACCAUGACGGAAGUGUCCCGGCUCCCCUGCAUGAUCUCCGACUACACCAUCGAAGAUCCUAACGACAUGAUCGCACAGGUGCAGAGUCGCGCGGUCACUCCUCCGGACGGCAUGUCCGCUUCCGACUUCAUCCAGCAGUUGAUACAGGAAUGCAACGUGAAUGCCGGUUCACCCAAUGGUCAAGGUGGCGCAGGCGCCGGCGGUUCCUCCACCGGUACCACCUCUUCUGGCAGUUCGUCGUCUGGAAACGCAUCCACUGGCAGUCCAUCUUCUGGCACUUCCUCUGGCAAUACAUCGUCGGGCCCUUCGUCCUCUGGUGAUUCUGGAAGUACUUCGUCCGGUGGCGACCCCUCAGGGCCGUCCUCCGGCAGCUCAUCUAGCGGAAACCCUCCGUCCGGUACUGCACCAUCGUCCAACGGACCAUCCUCGAACGGCUCUCCGUCCGGUUCUACGUCGUCCGGCGACGCAACCUCCGGCAAUGCAUCCCAAGGCGAUUCGCCAUCUGGUCAACAGCCUUCCUCUGGUUCUUCCUCCCCUGAAACACCCUCGUCAAGUGGAUCGUCCUCCGACCAGCAAACGACCUCGCCUGGAACCGAACAGUCUUCACCUUCGGGUCCUUCGUCUGAAGCCCAGGGUCAAUCCGGGGAUUCAACUGGACAAUCAUCCGGUGGUGAGCAGCCUGCAGGUUCAUCUGGCUCACCGUCUGGACAAGCAUCCGGUGCCGAGCAGCCCGCGGCUUCCUCUGGCCAAUCGUCCGACGCUGAGCAACCCGUGGCUUCAUCUGGUACACCGUCUGACUCACAGCAACCCGACGCUUCCUCCGGUUCAUCCUCUGGUUCUCAGCAACCUGCUGCUUCCCCCGACGCUUCCGACGCCUCCUCGUCUGGGUCUGGACAGUCUGCGGCUUCAUCUGACUCGUCUUCUGGAUCUCAGCAACCGUCUUCCGGUCCCGCGUCUACUAGCUCAUCCGCCGGAGAUCAGAAUGGGAGUGGAUCCCAAGACGGCUCGUCCGCCAACGCACCGCAAAGCCCCUCCCAGUCCAACAACUCUCCGGCGGACUCGUCAACAGGUCAGGGCGCUACUCAGGCGGGUGCUCCUUCUGAUGGUACAAGCUCCUCUAGCGGAGAUGACGCAGGUGCUAUCAUCGUCGACGUUAGCGGUGGUGUAGCCUCCGCGCAGACAGGCUCGGGAAUGGUCUCCGCCCCUAUGCCCGCGACCGCGUCCUCCCCGGAGUCUGAUGGAUCUGACCUUGGAACGAAUGGCGCUUCCCCUGGCACGGAUGGAUCUGCACCCGGGACAGAUGGAAAUGUCCCCGAUGCGGAUGGGUCUGCCCCGGCGUCGGCCGGAUCUGCCCCCGAUUCGAAUGGAUCUGCCCUCUCCUUGGAGGUAGCUGGCGACAUGACCCCGGAUAACUCAAAGCGCGCCAUGAGUGUUGGUGUAGGCGAAACUGUAGGCCCCAUGCCGAGCCUUAUGCGCCGCGCUACCUCGGCAACUGCUGCCCCUAGCUCGACCACUAGCGCAUUCCCUGGAUUACCCGUCCGUGCGCUCGCACCUUCCGUCGAUGCUGGAAUGACCAUCAGCCCCGUUCCGACUCUACUCGCGCGCUCGGUUGCCCCCUCUGUCGAUGCUGGAAUGACCAUCAGCCCCGCCCCGACAUUGCUGGAACGCUCGAUGUCCGAAAUUGCACAGUCCAGCACAACCGAAGCUUCUUCCAGUCUUCCGACUCUCCUCUAG